GGUACCUACAUACGACUGAUCAGUCGAUCGUCGAUCAUUGUCCGAAAAAGGUGUGAGGAUCGUGAAUUUUAACAUCGUCAUGAUGAUUUUUAAAUACAAACGCGCACCGAUAAUCGGAAUUAUUUUAACAUUCUUACUCGUCUUAAACAAUAAUAAUUGUAAGUAUACGUAAGAUAAUAUGAUUUUUAUGUUUUAUUUUCUAUUAGAAAUUUUGAUUCAAAUUUUAUGUGUAGCACUCUUUUCGAAAUGUAAUCUGACAGGGUGGUACUUUAUGGAGUAAUUUUUUGAUUUUCCUAGGAGUUAUCAUAAUAAAUGGAAAAAAAAAACGGGAAAAUGUACGAAAUAUAUUAUUUUUAAAUUGAAAAUAUUACAGCCUUUCAAAACAUGUAUAACCGAACUCCGUCCAGAAUGGAUUUUCGUUGGCAAUGAUUAAUCUUUGAGUACAGAUAUGCAUUUAAUUUCCCAUUUACUUUCCCAACUUCUGACCUACAAUAUGGCUCAUCGAUCGUGAGAAGUAUGUCCGUUUGUUUUUUUUUCUAAUACUGUUUGGUUUGUUUCGGCAAAAAUAAAAACAAUUAAUAAAUAUUACAUGCACUGUAUAGAGUUUAUAUAAUAAAUAUUAUGAAAUAGCAUGUGACAAAGACACAGACCAACUCGCAUAAUUAUAUCCAACUAUUAAAUUAAACUACUUUAUUAUUAUUUGUAUUUAUUGUUAUUUUUAUUAUUAUUAACAAUAAAGGUUAUUGAUGUUUAAUAUUUAUUUCAAAGCAGCAAAUUUAUCCAAAUAAUUAACAUUUUUAUUAAACCAAUAAGGAAAAUCAAGAACACCCCUCAUUGCACCAACUAGGUUCAAUAUCAUUUAUAGUAAAGCUCUCUUGAUAUUUUUUGAUCGGAACAAGAUUUGUGGUUGAAAAUUUAUUCACAGAUAGAAAACAAAAAUUGUGUACAUCAUAGUACAAUCAAUACAUUUCUUGUGUUACUCAUAAUUUUAAAAAAAACCACAUACAUUAGUUAAUUCAAUGAAUUCUUUGCUACGCUCAGAAUCAAAAAAAAUAAAAACACAUCAUAGAAAUACCAUUAAAUUCCCCACGCUUAGAAUCUAAAAUAUUAUAGCUUGGUAUGUAAAUAAGUGUAUUAGGUAAUCUGACCAUAUUUUAAAAUCACGGACCUUAAAAACUUUGGCGAACCUGGGUUCAAAAUUUGUUUAUAGCAUAAUUCUUACCCCAAAUAUUGAUUAUUUUAGAGGGUCUGUUUCACGAGUGUGACUGUCUGUUUUUUAAAAUUCAUAAAGUUUAGAGUUCGAUAAUCACAUAGUAAAGUAUUUUGUUGGUUAUAAUUUAUGCUGCAUAGGCACAUCUAGGGGGUAUUUAGCACUUCCAAGUUUAAAAUUAGCACCCUCAAAAUAUUCAAUAAGUUAUUUUAUAGUAUAGACUAAAAUAUUUGUUAUCUGUGUAUUUCAUAAUUAAUAAGUAGAACAAAAUACAAAUUACUUACACACAAUACAUGUGUAUCAAAAUAAAGUUAAACAAAUUAUGAUCAAUUUUUAUGUUUUUAAAUUUUAUAUUUUUUUAAAUAUUUAAUUACUUGUUAAAACUAUCGUAUAAAAGGGAUAAUGGAGGUAUUGCCUCUAUGGGUCUGUGAUGUGUUUAAAGUUUCAGCACCCUCUAGGUUGGUGGCCUAGUUGUACCUAUAGAACCGCAACAACGGAUUAUGGUGCCCGUGUGCAGUAGUUAUGUUGGGCUCCAUCCAAGCAGCGUUGCAUUUACAGUUUUUGCUCACGGGACAAUCGAUUGAUGAGCAAAAAAACAAAAUACUAAAACGAAAAAUGUCAAAAUGUAUUAAUGGUACGCAGAUAUAAAAGGUUGAGAACCGCUGCCAUAUAAAGACAAUGUUUAUAAUAUUAGUGCAACAGCAUCAAGUUCAAAUCUCAGAUAUCAUUAAAAUUUUUUGCAAUUUUUGAUUUAGUCCAUAGACUUUAUAUAAAAUUUGGCCUAACAAUUACUAACAGAACAAAAAAAAAACUAUUCAAAUCGGUCAAAUCGUUUUUGAGUUAAGCAAGACUAACUAUAUGAUUUAAUUAUUUUACAUUUUGACGCUUUCCGUUUUCUACCAAAAAUGUUGCUUCAAUAUUUUUCCCAAGAAAUGGGGAAAACCAUAGAAACGGAAAAAUUAACGAAAUGUAUUAUAUUUUGAAUUUUGUAUUUUGUUUUUUUAACUAAUUUGUAACAAAAAAACAAAAUCGAAAAUAACAAAACUGCUAAUGCUGUAAAAAUAUUUCCUGCGGUUUUUACCAAUUAUUAUGAAAAAUGGUUGGAAAAUUAUAACACGACUUUCUUACUAAUUAACAAGAUCAAAAACGAAACAAAAAAUUGUUUUUAUUUGAUUAGUAUAAGAUUUCUGAUAAAAAAGUUGUUUAUAGAGAGGGAAAAAACAAAUUUUAGUAAAACCAAUACAUUCCUCGCUUCGCCCAGAAUUAGGUCCCUCGAACAUAUGUAGGCCUCAGGGUCAAUGUGUGCCAUACACUUGACAUACCUGUAUUUUACGACAAUGCAUGCAAGGUUCAGUGGCGUCAUUUGGACUACUCAAUAUAUACAUUUGCGUAUUUAAUAUCCAAUAUUAAAGUAAUUUUGCUCGGUGUUAUAAAUUGUUUAGUCUGAAAAAUGAACAGUGGUUUGUGCGUUACUGGCCUUCAUGUAAUAUUUUUAAAUUAAUAUUUUCUUUUUUAUUUUAAUAAAUACAUAAACCUGAUUAGGACACUACGUAAAUAUUGAUUAAGUAUCAAAAGUAUAUAAUCGUGAUGGUUCGUGAAUGAAAUUUCAUUAGCUAAUUAUUUAAUGUUUUAUUUCGUGAUUUAAUAGAAUUGUUGGAAAAUAUGUAGAUUAUUUUAUUUUUGUUGUGUUGGAAAUUUUAUAUGUAGUUGUUAUGUGUAAAAUCUCUUUAAUAUUUUGUAUUUUAAAUUGUUUACAGGUGAUGGUCAAAUGCUGCCUAAUCCUUUCAGUGUUAUUACAGAAGUGGUUAAAGGUGUGACAACAAAUGGUAAAGAUGCGUGUGAAAUAAUCGGCAGAUGUUUGAAACAAACUGGAGCCAGAGUAGUGAAUAAAUCUGUUACAAUAACAAAAGAAACACUAAAAACUGGAGCCAAUACUAUAAAUACCACUAUUACAACGACUAAAGAUUCAAUCAAAAAAGUUUCUGAAGUAACAUCCAUACCAGACAUCUUAAAUAAAUUCAAAUGUGUCAUACCAAAAAAUGCAGACAACAUCCUUAGAGCUACAUUACUUCAGCAAUGUAUUUCUCCUAGUCUCGGUAAUAAAUAAAAUUAAAAUAAAAUAAUUGCAUACCUAAUAUAGAUUCAUUAAUAAUAAAUAUGUAUUUAACGUUAUAAAUUACUUAUUACAUUCUAGUAAAUAACUAAUUUAAAAGUUUAUCGUAUUUUAGGUUUUAAGUACCUAAAAUUCGUAAAGUUCCGGAAUGAAAAAUAAUAAAGUAUUCAUACAUUAUAAUUUAUAAGUUACAUGAAUAUAGUUCGAUUUAAGUAAAUAUAACUUAACCCUUAACCGUCAAGUUUUUUUUUUUAAAUUUCGUGUUUUUACGAUAUUUACCAGAAUUCAUAUUUAAAACGGUGACGAAAAAACUUCUGCAUUAUGCUAAUUUUUUUUUUAUUAACCAAUAAGUACAAUUCUUGAUGAACUUCGUAAUAAAUUUACAUUUAUUUUGCCAGGCUAUAAAAUAUUGUCCACCGAAAUCAAAUAAAAUAUAAAUAACCUCAACAUUUUUAAAUGUCUAUAAAUAGCUCAUAACUCAUCAAAAUGUUUUGAACAUUAUGCAACAUCUAGAAAAAGUUAAUAUUAUAACACUUCUAUAAAAAUUAAAAAUUAACUUCCCUAAUACACUAGAUACAAUUUGCUUUGAAGAUGUUUUUAGUUUAAGGUUGCUGGAGCCACCGUAUAUUUUGUAAAAGCCAUGAAUUGUGGUAAAAACUCUCACGGUUUAUAUGAUAAUUAUAUUUUGAUGCUUUUCUUUUUUGAUAGAGAACAAAUUUUUUUAGUUCACAUUGAACUUCAAUUUUCAAAAUUCCAAUUUCUAAAAAUUUUAUUAAUCAACUAAAAUAUGUAUUAUUAUUUAAUCUUUUUUUCUUUCUAACAUUACUUACAAAUUAAUCAUAAAUCAAAGUUUAACAUAACUCGUAAAAGUUCAAAUUUUUAUUUUUCAAAUAAAAAAUGUAAAAAAAGAGUUAAAAGGUAAAAUACAUUUAUUUAUAAGUUAUUUAAUUUAUAUCUGUGAAUAAAAAUAAAACAUUGUUAACGAAAAACGUUUUUGAACAAAGUUCAUUAACAAAUGUAGUGAAAUACCUAAAUUUUUACAAUUUUCCUCAAAACUGUUAUAUAAAAGGAAUUAUAACAUUGCACUGGAGUGUUUUACUAUUUUAGUAUGGGUGAUUUUCUCUUAAAGUUAUUUUCGUCUGUAAAAAUGGCCUUGUCCCUCCUCUGAAAUCGAAACUGGGCAGUCAAUUAGUGAGAAAGUUGGAUUUCUAAGGUGAUAAUAUCAAUGAUGAUAAUAAUUUUUAAAUUUUAUAAAAUUAAAGACAAUUUGGAAAACCGGCUCCGAUAGAUUUAAUUUUAAGGAUAUUAUCAUAUUAUCAUUUUUAUGAUAUUAUUAUUGUACUAUAAACUUACAUAGUUACAAAGUAUUAAUUGAUUUUGAAUGGUUUUUGUAACAUAAAUUCAGAAUUUGAAUAGUUUUCAAAUUAUAAUCAAAGGUACACUUAUAUUAUUUACUAUUAAAUUAGGUUUUGGAAACGAGUCAAGAUGUUUUGAUGAACUCGGUUGUUUUCCUAUGGAAGAUCCGUGGAUUUCCAACUUGAGACCUUUUCCUCAGCCAAUGAAACCCGAAGAAAUUGACGUAAAAGUUUUCUCGUUUACUAGGUGCUCACUCCUUUUAUCCCAAUGAAAAAUUAAUAAUUAAAGAGAAUUUUAUUUUACUCGUUUAGAAAACAAAAUAUUCGAUACAAUGUGACAUUGUGGCCAAAAAUCACAUUAGAAGGAUCGGAUUACAAUCCGAAUAGGGAGUAUACAGUUUUUAUAACGCAUGGAUUCAACAGUGAUGGUGAAAACCAAUGGAUGUCUGAUCUUAAAGAUGCAUAUUUAAAACAAGUACUACAUAAUAUGAUAUUAUAAGAUAACAAUCGUUAAAUAUGCUAUAAUAUGCAGAAUUAUAAGCAUCGAUCAUGUAUCGAUGCUUAUAAUUAUUAUUUAUAUAAAACAUUAAAUCUAAAAGUAUUAAUAAUCGAUGGUAUGAUUGGAAUUGAUUUUUUUUUAUUGUUUCAAAAAAGGUGUUUUAUAAUAAAAAAACAUACAUAUUAUAUUCGUAUAAAACAGUAUCCUUAAUUAUUUAUAUCGUUUAAUGUAAAGAACUCUAUACUUCAUAAAUAAUUUUUAUUAUUAAUAAAGAGUAAAUGUUAUUUUAAAUUUAAAUACAUACACAUUACAUAAACAUAUUGUGAUUGUUUUUUUAGCGUGACGCCAAUGUUUUUUUAGUAGAUUGGGGAAAAGGAUCCAAGUUAUUUAACUAUUUACAAGUAGCUUCUAAUACAAGAGUUGUCGGUGCCGAAUUAAUUAGGUAAGUAUUGAUUAAUGAUAGACAAAUACAUUUAUAGGAAAACGCCAUACAGAAACGCAUCAUCAUUAUUCAAUGUUUUUACAACGCAUCAAUAUUAUAUUUCACGCUUUUUAAAAGAAAACUGUGUAAACUAUUAUAUUUGAAGAUAUGAACCGUGAUUGAUAAUCAGUUUUAAUUAUGUUAAAAACUGUCUGAUUUGAAUUAUUUACUUACAUGGUAUUUACUGGGCUAUUUCUACUUCACGUUAUAUUCUAUUAUUAUAAUAAUAUUAAAAAUUUAAAUGAAAAAAAUUUACAAUUUCUAAAUUGGAGGAGGGGAUUCUAUUGAAACGUACGUUACAAAAUGGUUACUUUGAACAUUUUUGGAAUGGGAAUGAAUGAAGUAUUUUUUUAGAAACUGAUUAAAAAGCAAAUUAAAAAAAAUUCAAACGCAUUGAAUAUUAAAUAUAUAGAAUAAUGUUCCAGAAAAAUCCGUGACUACUGUAGCAUAUAUAUAUAUAUGAGUAUUGUAGUUUCAUUUUCGCCAAAAUCGAUUUUAUUAUUAACAAAAUGUAUAAUGUAAAUGUAUAAUACUUUCAAUCUUAUUUAUCCUUAGACUUGGAAAAUAUCUGAUUGACCGAUAUGAAUUGAAUCCGUCGAAAAUUCAUUUGAUGGGUCACAGUUUGGGUGCUCAUAUUUCCUCAUAUAUUGGUAAAGGCAUCUCUGGUAUAAAUCGAAUAACGGCUUUUGACCCUGCUCAACCCGGAUUUGAAGGAUGUCCAAAGGAAGUACGGCUAGAUAAAUCAGAUGCUAAUUUUGUUGACGUCAUACACACAAGUUGUAGACCCACAAUUCCACUAUUGGGUUUGGGACUCAUUAAACCUGUAGGUAAUUAUAUAAAAUAUUAUGUUGUAUUGUUGUGUACAUAUUUACAUUUUAAACAAAUCAUAGUGUGUAACCAUUAUCUAUUAUUUAAUAGGCCAUGUGGACAUAUAUAUGAAUGGUGGUUUUAUACAACCUGGGUGUACAUUACCCCCAAUAAACGAAGUCAAUUUAAUGAGUAUUGCCGAUUUAGCUGCUGUUCCAGCCGAUGGUAAAAUUUAUUGUGAAAUAUUAUUCAAAAUAAUGAAAGUUAAUGAUUAUUCUAAAAUCAAAAUAAAAAGUAAAAUAGAUACAAAUUAAUCAAUUAAUUAAACCUAACCUAAUAAUAUAAUCGUUUACAUUUUUAAUGUACAUUGCACAAUAUAGUGUAAACUGUUACAGAAUAAUAAUAUAAUAAAAUUUGACCGUUGUAGAUGAAAAAUUGGAAACGUAGGAUACACCUACAUUCUAAAUGGUACACAUAAAAAUGGAACAGAGAAUAAGUGUAACAGAAAUUGGAAUGCUUAAUUGGUUGCUUGGGUUGAUGAGAAAGGAUAGAAUAAAGGAUAGGUACAUAGAAGGUAGCUUGACCAAGACUUUGAUAUUAGUAUCAGAGAUAAUAGACUGAGAUGAUUUGAGUAUGUCAUAGGCAGAGAGAGAUCUAACGUUGUAAGAAUAGCAAAAAGAAUAAACAUAGGAGGAUAUUUCUCUUAGAAGAUCGCAAAAUAAGUGAUGUGAUACGAUAGAGAAUGAUAUGAGGAAAGUCGAUGUAUGUGAAAUGAGAGAUCGGGUUAAGUGGAAGUUUAUAACGAAGUUGGUUGACCCUAAAUAGUUGAGUUGAAGGCGAGGAGAUGAAGAAGAAGACUAAGUAGGUAUAUAAAUCUUGUAUUCAAUUUUCAAGCAUUUCUGUUCGACCAAAAAAAUUUGUUCAACAUUAAAAAAAUAAUAAUAAUAAAAAAUGGCCUUUUUUAUGCACAUUUACACAUUAUUAGUAAUUGUGCUAAAUACAUAAGAUUAUAGUAAUCCAAUUUGUUAAAAAUAAUUUUAGUACUUGGAGCUUGGGGUGCAUGUUCGCAUGGAAGAUCUUAUUCGUAUUUCACCGAGUCAGUACAAAACAAUUGCACGUUUUGGGCACAGAAAUCAAAAAUUUUAUCAGUGAUUACCAAGUAAUAUAAUAUUGUGAAACUAUAAUUUUAAUUCUAAUUUGAAUACGUUUUUUUUUUUUUUUAUAUAAAAAUUGGCUGUUUUUUAAAUGAAUAUAUGAAUAAUAAUAAUGAAUAAUAUAUAGUAGAUAUAAUUUUAAUUUUACAGCAUUGUGUCCAUCGGCCAACUUCAGCCACUUGUGGUAAAGAUUGACAAAUGCAAGUUUAACGAAUGUGUACCAAUAGGUUUAAAUACUGAUCAAUAUCCAGGAAGGGGAGUGUUUAGUGCAGGGACUGCGUUUUUUGCACCUUAUUGCAGUGAGUAAUUAUAUUUUUCUCUAAAUAAAUUUAGCUUGUACAACUUAUUUGCUUUAAAAAAACUAAUAAGAUUUUCAAGGAUUGUCGUUACGAUCGUUUUUUUGUUAGAGAUCAAUUUUCCAGUAAAAAACAUAAAUUAUCCUGGUGCAAUACACCACUACAGUAUUUAUUUAUGUAGGUACAGCUUUUAUGUAAUCAAAACUACUUUUUGUUCAUUCGUAUCAAUAAGAAUAUCUUAUUAUUUCCUUCUUUCAAUAUCUUGUAACUUAAAUUUAAAAAAGGUAGAUUUUGCUACCUAUAUCGCCCGUUAAUUGGAGUAAGACAGCACAUGCGGGUAUAGCAUCCUCUUUAUGUUCAUAACUAUUUAAUAUUUAAUAUUAGUUCAAAAAUUCCCCUUUAUUCGUAAACCAUAAACAAAAAACACUGUUGGUUUUCCAAUAACAGUACUUAAAUUUAUAAAAUCUACAAUUUUAAUACAAUCAUUUUUAAUUUGUUUUGUAAUUAAAUAUUUAAUGACUAUAUUUUCUUAUUACAAAAAUAAAAUAUUAUAAAAGUAGGUGUAUCUUAUUAUUUUAAUAGUAUAUAUUUAAAACAUAAGGUAUGUUGAAAUUUAAUAAUUUUGGUUUUAAUUUAUUUUCUAUAGAGAGCAGUUUGGAAACUGAUCGAUUUAUGCGUAAUGAACUCCGAGCUGCUAAAACAUUAACUAGAGUUUAAUGAUAAAAGUUAUGCUUCGCGAAAAUCGAUAAUAUUAUCAUUCACUUAAUAAGGUAUAGUUUAAAAAAUACUGUUAUCCAUACAGAGAAUUAAAUACAUUUAUCAUCAAUUAAAUUAAUAAUAAUAUAAAAUGUAUUCAUUAAAUUGCCUUUUGUGUUCAAUCAUACAUGUUUAUCAGGUACCUACCUAACGGAUGUGUAAUAAAUUACAAUUAUGCUAAAAAAUAAAUAAAUUUGAAAUAUAAAUCUAUGUAAUAACAAUUAAUAAAAUGAAAUAAACAUUUUUUUUUGAUGUAGUCAUGAUUAUUAAUACAAU